GCACUUCCGGUGCAGUACAGAGUGUUUACAUCUGUUUUCGGUUCGUUAACGGGAGCGCGUGGGUCGGUACCGAGUCAGAACCGGAACCGGGGACAUCAGCCGGAGGUUCACAGGUUCACAGCCGCCGGACACGUCUUCAGCACCGGGUUAGGGUUUCAUGAGGAAGCGGUGACGAUGUCUCUGACCGCCGAUGCUAAUGCUGAUGCUAAUGCUGAAGCUAACGUGGAGCAGAAGGUGCUUCAGUAUGAAAACUUCAUUAACGAUAUUCUGAAGAGAGAUUUACAGAAGGUUGUGGAGCAGAGAGACGAGGUUUAUGAGAAGAUCAGUCAAUAUCUGCAGCUGAAGAACACAGUACACACUCUGCAGGAGGCAGGAUCUCAGCGGCUGAAGACAGACGUGGAUCUCGGCUGUAACUUCUACGUCCAGGCUGAAGUGGAGGACUCGUCCAGAAUCUUUGUGGCGAUUGGUUACGGGUUCUUUGUGGAGAUGACUCACGACGAGGCGCUGCGAUUCAUCGAGAAGAAAACGAAUCAGCUCACAGCUUUCACGGAGCAGCUCACCAAAGACUCCGCCAAAAUAAAAGCCAACAUCCGCAUGGUGCUAGAGGGUCUGCGGGAGCUGCAGGGACUGACUGACCUGCCAGAGAGUAGAAGAAGAGAAGUUUUCUAGACUUGUGGAUAAACUGCUGUAUGUUCGGAGGAUGGACCGAUCAGGACGGACUUGUAAAGACUCGACCUGAUCUCUGCUCAGCUCAAGGAUUCAACAUGGACGUUCAAUAAAUCACAUCAGCAGUUUGUUCAGAUAUGAAUGAGGGGAGGUGGGAUCAAAUCGUCAUCGGAGGAUAUCGUAACGCUGGUGAAUCUGUGACAGACGUGGACUCUGCAGGACUCGGACACGAGUGAAGCCUCUGGACUGAAACCACCUGAGCGGAGGCUGCUGACGUCCACAUGCUUUUGUAAAUGUUUGCGUGAACAGUUGUUCUGCAGAUGUGAUUUGUAGAAAAAUAAGAUACUGACUGUUGAAUUCAGGAGCAAUAAAGUCACACUGAUUAAAACCUGAA